UCCUGCAUUGCAAAGUAAAACUUGUGUUUUUUAGAAACGUUAUCUUGAAAAUUGGCGCAUCUCCUGUGCUUUUCUAAGGUGUAUUAGGAAACUGGGCCAGUCACUGUCAGGAUUUUCGUAUCGGCAAGUCAGGAGGAAAAGAAAUGGGAGAGAAACUUAUAUUCUCCCAAAUAUUUUCCUGCCGAGUCGCUUCUCUAGCUGCCCUCUAGAUGAUUGCUUCUUUUUUUCUGAAACAAAGUAAAAACUACAGGUAGAAAUCACUAAGGUCUGUCUGACGUCUGACCCAGCAACAUUUUUAACAUUUUUCUGAAUGAGAACUGGUAUGAAUGAAAGACUGGAAUUGAAAAGGAAACGUUUUGGUGGGGAUUCACAAUGAGUGCGUUAUUUUUCAAUGGUAUUUUAAUGCUUAUGUUAAUAAUGCUUUAUUUUUAAAUAGUAUUCUUAAAAAUAGCUACAAAAAAAAUGUUUUUUUGAAAGUCCCUGUUGUCGUUUCAGAGCCCCUCCUUUGAAAGCCUUACUAGAAAUACUUAUGUAUAGAAACAUUUAGUGACAUUUGUCUAUUUACAAAAUUUCUAAAAGAUGCAAAAGCAUGAUGAAGAAGAUACAGUUUCAUCAUUCCAAGUAACCAUUAUGAAUAUGGUUACACUGGGUAUACAUCUCCAUUAUCUUUCUAUGCAGAGAUGAGUGUAUGGAUUUUUCUAAAGUGGAUUCUCUAUUGUAACCUUUUUUCCCCCCCGACUUCAUAGCAUGCCAUUACAUGGCUGUCAUAAUUUAUUUAGUUGAUUGUUCCAUUUUACACUACUUAAAAACAUUGUUGAAGAAAUGUAAAGUCUGCACAGCCAUGAUUACUUCUUAGUGUACAUUCCUAGAUGAUAGAAUUGUUGGGUUUGUCUUUUUAAAAAUGUAAAUUGCUCGGUUUCCCUCUGGAAAGGAUGUGCGAUUUUCCCUCCCACUAACAAUCUGUGAGUAUCUUUUUCUACACCCUAGCAAAAGACAACAUUUAAAGGAUUUCUACUGGCUCACUUUGGGGCCGUUUCUGUUCUUCUCUCCAACCGAGUACAAGUAUCAUUCUCUAGCUAUCCUUUUUUUUUUUUCUUAUUUGUUUCAGCAAUUCAGUUUCUCAUCUUUUGUUCCACUUUUAACCGUUUAGUAAAGAAUGGUUAUGCAGGUGAGGCAAAGGCAUCAUAGAGUGAACAAGAGAUUUGUACUCAGGACUUCCUUAAAUUCGAGUGUCUCUGAUUACCUUGAACAAGCCACUUACCUUUUCUAAGGGACUGUUUCCUCAACUCUAAAGUAGAUAUUAUAGCGCAUUUGCCUUGCGUUUCUUACAGGGUGGUUUUAAGGGUCAAAUGAGACAUUUAUGGAAAGUAUGUUUAAACAUACUCUGUCUUGUGGCCAAUUAUUGCUAUCUUGUAAAAAUUUCAGAGCACAAGAGCGUCUUGAUUUUUUAAAGUAAAUUUCUGAAUUCAAAAAAGCCAUUCUGUGAUACCAUUUGCCCCACUCUCUUUCACUUCUUAAAUUCGAAGUUUUAGAUUUCUGUCCUAGAUUAUAUUCAGAACGCUAUCAGAGUUAUGAAAUUAGGUGAAUGAAUGAAUCUACACAAAUGUUGAAGGAGCAAAUAUUUAAAGGCACUAUAUAUAAAAUUGAGGGGGAAAAUAUAAAGCUAAAUAAAACACAAUCCUUGGGAUCAUGAUAAGUAAAACAUAGUCUUUGUGCCCUACAGGCUACAGAAAGAAUGUCCAGGCAGCUAGAAGGUGGGAAAGCUGCUUUCCAAAUUUAGACGGCAAUUUUAGAUGUGAUGCAGGAUGUCAACUAUUCUCAAGCAUGCUAAAGUCCAAUUCUGCUGACCGAGCAUCUGCACAAAUGACCAGGCACUCUUGUCAGGGUCAUCUUUCUGAAGUGUAAAAAGUAAAUAGUGGCUCACAUGUCAGAGGAUGGCACGGUCACGCUCUAGAUCCCCCAGGUGGAAACACAGGUCAUUAUCACCAGUACCUAGAAAUUCUGAACACUACAAGCAAAGGUACUCUCACGGGCAUUAUGGCUGUGAAUAUAGGAAGGAUCCAAAGAGACCCACCACUUGGCGAAUGGACAGUGAGAAACAUGGACAGAGUAAACCAAGGAUUCCUUCUCGUGGAAAUAUACAUUACCGAUCUUAUGAACAUAGAUCACCUUCCCCAAACAUAAGAAGAACCUCUUCAGAAAAUGUUUAUACUUUUAAGCCUUACCGAGAAUACUUACCAGGAAGAAGAGAUGGUAACAGAGGAUUGCACUAUAUGCCCCAAUACUCAGGUGUACCUUACAAAGAGAACCAGAGGAAUUUUUAUCCCCAGAAAGUACAAGGAAGGUAUAUUCCUGAUGACCACAGAGUUAGAGGAAGUGGAAAAGGAGGGAAGCCACCUCAGAGGUCAAUAGCAGAUUCUUUUAGGUUCGAAGGAAAGUGGUAUGAAGAUGAGUUGAGGCACCAGAGGAUACAAGAUGAAAACCAUUCUCAGUCACUUAGAAGAGGCUUUGAAGACUUUGAGAAAAGGAGCUCUUUUCAGAAGAGGUAUCCUGAGGAUCGUGAUUUCAGAAAAUAUGGACACACAUCAAAAAGACCUAAAGACGUGGAGAGGUACGAAAACAGAGAUCCUGCCAGGAACCCACAGUGGAAGUUCGAGCAUUCUCUUCCAUCUUACCAAGGGAAGAAAGAGCAACGGAACCUUGGGCCCCAAACUCAUCGAUAUGCUCAGAGGGAACCCCCAGAGACCAGUUCGGCAACCAGGGUAUCCUGUGACUAUCGCCACAAACGUCCUAAGACAUCAGGUGGGGACCAGGACUUUUCUGCUGGAAGAAUUCCGAAGUACUCUAAGGAAGAAGAGAGAAAAUACAGUUCUCAAAAAGGCCCCGUAAAUAGACAGUCCAUUUGUCUUACUGCUGGAAGAGGGAGAGAGACUGAAGGUGGGCAAGUCCAAGAACCUCUCACACCAUCUAAGAAAGACUGCACUGCCUCUACUCGCUCGCGCGAAAGUGACAUUGGCCUGAGACCCUACAAUGACAAACGGAAGGAGAAAAUAAAGAAAGAUGGGGAUGGCGGAAAAGAGAGCAACUCUUCCAGUAACCAACUCGAUAAAAGUAACAAACUUUCCAAUGUGAAACCUUCAUCUGCCAGUCUUAGGAAGAAAUCACUUACUGUUAAAGUAGAUGUGAAGAAAACAGUAAAUACAUCCAGGGUUGCUUCUAGCUAUUCCACAGAGAGACAGAUGUCACAUGAUUUGGUUGCUGUUGGCAGGAAAAGUGAGAACUUUCAUCCAGUGUUUGAACAUCUUGACUCAACUCAGAAUACUGAAAACAAACCUACAGGAGAAUUUGCUCAGGAAAUCAUAACUAUAAUCCAUCAAGUUAAAGCAAAUUAUUUUCCAUCACCUGACAUUACUCUACAUGAGCGUUUUUCAAAAAUGCGAGAUACACACGCUGCAGAUGUAAAUGAAGUUAAAUCGAAUUCAGAUCCAGAAAUUCACAGGAGAAUAGAUAUGUCUUUGGCUGAGCUUCAGAAUAAACAAACAAUGGUAUAUGAAUCAGAGCAGACUCUGGUCAAAAUAAUAGACCCAAAUGACCUACGACAUGACAUUGAAAGAAGGAGAAAAGAACGGUUACAGAAUGAAGAUGAGCACAUUUUUCACAUAGCUAGUGCUGCAGAGAGGAAUGAUGAGCAUUCCAGUUUUUCAGGGUUGAAGCAUAUUCAUGUUGAUGAAUUCCAAAAACCUAUAGGUUUUACAAAAUCAAAUUUUAGAAAAUUUAUUCAGAAACCGCACAUGAAUUAUACCAUGCAGGAAAAAGACGUCAUUACUCACAAACCCUUUGGAGCUGAGGGAAACCGUCAAAACACAACAAGCUUUAGAAGACCAUUUAAGACCAACUUUAGAGGUGGCAGAUUCCAGCCCCAUUAUAAAUCAGGCCUAGUACAGAAGAGCUUAUACAUUCAAGCUAAAUAUCAGCGUUUACGAUUUGCUGGCCCAAGGGGAUUUAUCACUAAUAAAUUCAGAGAAAAAUUACUGAGGAAGAAAAAGGGGUAUACAAAUAUUGCCACCCCAGUCUAAUCUGGAAUUGUUACAAACGGAAACGACACUACAGGAUGGUAUUCGGGAGCAUCUCUUUUUAUCAGAAGUUAGAAUUGGCACUCAAGCACUAAUACUGUAAUUUCCUUGAUAACAUAACUUUAUUUUUCUGUAGCAGAAUGCUGCAACUUUUUUACACUUAACAAUUGCUUUUAAAUUACAGUAUUCAAUGUAAAAGUUGUAUUAACUACAGUUUCUUUUGCAAAAAGUCUUACAAGGGCAUUAUUUGUUGAUGUGUUUUUCUCUGAGCAUGGUUUCAUAGAGAACUUAACUGAGUUACAUCCAGAUGUUUAUAUGUUGAAAGUUUUGCUUAUGUAAUAAAAACAAAAAAAAAGUAUCUGAAUUGUAUAGUGUCUGUACAUGAAAGAACUUUAAACAGUGGCCUUAUGGUAGCAAAUUUUAUACCAGUUUUUCUUUUUUCUGAUGAUAGGUUGGCUUAUAACUUGAAGUUUUCUUAAGUUUCUGAAGAUCAAGGCCUAUAUGAUUUAUACAUUUCAUAUUAUAAGAAGGCAAGAGAAAAGGUGCUUCAAAAUUUCCAUCAGGUAGUUAUGAGUGCACUGAAUUUUUAGUAAUUGGUUCAUUCAGUUUUUUCCACAACUAUUUGCUCUUUCCAAUUUCAAAAUGCUAUUGUGGAAAAUAUGUAAAGAUUUUGUAAUCUCUGUUCCAUCUUAUUUUCCCCUCAGGGCAAGCUUGUGCAUAUCCUGUUUUUAAAGGCUUUUUAAAAAUCUGACAGACAAAAUUUCAUAUUUGGAAAUUGUACUUUACUACUACAGCAUUAUACAUUUUGCAAACACAUAAAGUGUUUCUUUUCAGUUCAGUUGUAUUGAGUACGUACUAUCAUAAGGUAAAAUUGAUGGGAUUUUAAAUAAUAUUUUAAGUCCUGGUACCUUAUUUCUUUAUGUUUUCUGUGUUCUGCUUAAUAGUACAUACACAUUCCCCGUUAAAUUUCUGUGAACUGCUUAUUUGUAAUAAAAUAAAAAACUGUUGCUCCUCCUGCUCGAAGAAGUUA